AUGUACAAAUCAAAAUUAAGAAAACAUAUAGCACUCGACUGCGGCGAACAGGUUCGUCAACGUCCAAGUACCUCUCACUCGUACAUAGAAGCACCUGUCACUUAUAAGCCUAUACAAACAUUUAAACGUGCGAGUAAAGAAUCAACUGUUGUUCCAGUUAGAAAAGCUCGUAAAAUUACAACAAACACAUUGCAACAUGAUCUAAGUGGCGUAAGUUCACAUAACGAAUUGACUUCAAAUAAUACUAUGAGCAGUCAGUUAGAUAUUUCUUCUAAUCGAAUAAUCAGAGAUGAAGUCGUCAGAAAAACUUCAGUGUGUUUAUCUUUCUAUGGUAAUUUUGUUAUCAUUCCUGCAAUACGAAAAACACUGAACAACAUUGAACAGGUGGAUAAUAAUACCAAACUCAACUAUUGGCAUGAAGUGAUGGCAUUUAUCGACAGUUAUGACCGUCCAUAUACAACUGAGCAGAGAAAAAAAUUAGUUGAUGAAUUGGUUGAAGAAGUCACUGCAUAUGUCGAGCGUGAAGGUAUAUCAGCUGAAGACUGGCAAAAACUGUUAUGCACAUUGCCUGAUGAUGUCAACAGCAGCUUUGAUCUUCGAUUGGACAAGAAAAUUUUCGAAGAAAUCGAAACUUUAGCAAAAGAAAAGCGACUUCCAUUCAAUUUAAGUGAACCACUGGUACCUUUACUGAAAUCAGCUACAGAACACGCUGGGAAGUAUAUUUGCUAA